GAGAGCGUGUCGGAGAUCAGUAUUAAUUAACUCGGGCCUACAAUCAGACUUGACGCGUAAACGCAUCGAAAAUGACUGAGCUACGAGGUCAACGCGCUGUGAUUACCGGUGGUGCUAGAGGAAUCGGUUUUGGCAUAGCUGAGGAACUUCUCAAAAGUGGUGUUUCGAAAGUAUUAAUUCUGGAUCUCGGAGAUCAUUUGAAUGAAACAAAGAAAACGUACCUGAUGACUUGCAAUCCGGAAGUGAAUAUUUUCUACAGUCAGUGCGAUAUUACUGACAAGCAACGACUGGAAAAGGUCCUCCGUCAAGAUGCAAUCCAGUGGCUGGGUUCGAUCGAUAUUUUUGUAAACUGUGCCGGAGUCAUUGACGAGCUCGAUCCAGCUAGAUGCAUUGCAGUCAAUUUGACGGCUCUGAUAAAUUGCUCAAUGAUCGCAUUGGAUUUGAUGACCAAGGAAAAGCAAGGCCGCGGAGGAACCAUCGUGAACAUUGCAUCAGUGGCUGGUUUGGAAGGUAUUCCAUGCAUGGCUACCUACUGUGCCUCGAAAAGCGGAGUAAUUGGAUUCACUAAAUCAGUUGGGGUGGAACCAGUUUUCGACCUGACAGGUGUCAAAAUGAUGGCGAUCUGUCCUGGAGCUACCGAAACGGACAUGUAUAAGCAAUCAGCGAAAAUAAGUUACUCUUUCCCUGCCUUGAGUCCGAUCAUUGAUCAACUUUUACAAUCGAUGCCAUUGCAACCACCAACAGCCGUAGGGAAAGCCGUUGUUCAAACAAUAAUCGGAGGAAAAACGGGAUCGGUUUGGAUUUCAGCGAAUGAUUGUGUUACCGAAGUGCAGUAUGAUUCUAUGAAAUUUCUAUAAAUCAAUGUUUUCAGCAUGAACAUUUUGUGUUGUUUGAAAUGAACUUCUUCAUGUGUUU